CGCAUUAGCACCACUAGGUGGAGCUGUGCCACCGGUUGAAGUCUUGCUUUGAGCUGCUUUUUCCUGUCCGGGCCGCGGUGCGUGUCGGGAGCCGUGAGGAUCUACCGGUGUUGGUGGAGGCGCUGGCCGCCAUGUUGGGCGCUUUGUGUAGUUAUAAAUAAGGAGCAGCCGGCUGGCCGGCUGCAUGUAUUGAAUGGUCGCUUGGACGCUGUAGCUCGUGGGUGCUGAACGUUUUGGAAGUAAUUCGUUUCUUGGCCCUGUUUUAUGAGAACUGAGCGGAUCCAGUGAGCCAUGCGAGAGAUGUUACCGUGAGUGCACGUCGCCACUUAGUCUGUCUGUCUGUCUGUCUGUCUGUCAUGGGGCCAGCACCAUAACCACUGUCAUGGGGCCAGCACCAUAACCACUGUCAUGGGGCCAGCACCAUAACCACUGUCAUGGGGCCAGCACCAUAACCACUGUCAUGGGGCCAGCACCAUAACCACUGUCAUGGGGCCAGCACCAUAACCACUGUCCUGGGGCCAGCACCAUAACCACUGUCCUGGGGCCAGCACCAUAACCACUGUCCUGGGGCCAGCACCAUAACCACUGUCCUGGGGCCAGCACCAUAACCACUGUCCUGGGGCCAGCACCAUAACCACUGUCCUGGGGCCAGCACCAUAACCACUGUCCUGGGGCCAGCACCAUAACCACUGUCCUGGGGCCAGCACCAUAACCACUGUCCUGGGGCCAGCACCAUAACCACUGUCCUGGGGCCAGCACCAUAACCACUGUCCUGGGGCCAGCACCAUAACCACUGUCCUGGGGCCAGCACCAUAACCACUGUCCUGGGGCCAGCACCAUAACCACUGUCCUGGGGCCAGCACCAUAACCACUGUCCUGGGGCCAGCACCAUAACCACUGUCCUGGGGCCAGCACCAUAACCACUGUCCUGGGGCCAGCACCAUAACCACUGUCCUGGGGCCACACUUAUAGAGCAACUUAAAUAUAUAUAAUGUAUUCAACAAGAUGCAGGUCUUAGGACAUAAUAAUGCACGUGCAUACUGCUCUCAGCAAUAGUGUGUAAUGGUAAAAUUAAUUCCUAUUUUCAGAGAUAAAGUAGAAAUUGGCUUCAUUACACCCUGGAAGCCAUUGGGGAUAUCUAUGUUGUGAGUUUUCUCUAUUAGAACGUGGAUACUGACCUGCUGUGUCCAGUGUCCCAAGCUGUGUCCAGUGUCCCAAUUUCCAUGGAAUGUAACAUAUGAGAACAUGCAUAAACAAAACAUGCAAGUUAUGCUGUGGUUGCAUCCUAUCCAUUUCAUGGCACUCUUUUGGCAGAAGGUGUAUUAUUUUAGUGACUUCAAAGAGAAGUCAACCUCUCAGUUACUGUAUUAACUUUUUAUAUAUAAAAAGUUAAUACAGUAACUGUACUAAAAUUAACAGAGAGGUUGACUUCUCUUUGAAGUCACUGAAAUAAUGUAUAUUGUCUCUAGCAAAGUUCUCACUUAACUUCAUUUGUGUUUUGAGACUGUGGCAGUGUUUGUUGCUCACUAGCACAUUGCUGCCUGCCAACUUUAAGAUAUCACAGUGGUUAGAUUUCAAGGCUGUUUCUGUGUUUUUGCAGGGGUGUAGACAGACUUGUUUAGGUGGGGGAGUAAGUACAUUGAGUACUUACAAGUUAAAACGACUGUUCAAAGACCUUAAAAGGAAGUGCAAAUAUUCUGGGCACUUGGCCUAUGUGCAGUCCUUUCUCGCCUUCUGGAGUUUUUUUGACCUGUCCUAAAGCUUCAUCUCGCAAUGAUCAAGUAGGUUCCUUUGUUUCCUUGAACUAGUGAGAAGUGUUAGAAUAAUCCAGAGAAAAGCUUACUGUUUAAUGGACCUUAUCAAAUUUUAUUGCUGCACAUAUAAAAGAAAUGGGAAAUACUUUAGCUUAAAUUAGCAAUAUUUGAAUUUAACUUUGUGUUCUUUGGAGUGUUAAAACUUACAUUACAUAAAUUCCAAUAAUAACAUACACCCUUUAAACCCCACUUGAAGUUAUUAUGGCCUGGUAUGUAGACUUUCCUAAUUUCUUUGUGUUUAUCUUGGUCUGAUAAGAUCGCAACAGUGGCAGAAGUGGAAUAACAAAAAGUUGUCAGUUUUCGCAAAUCGUAUAACCUCAAAGCAAUAGCUUAAAAAACCAUUAGAUGUACCAAAGUAAAAUUGUUUUCCUUGUUGAAACCAACAUUAAAGUUGAUAUGUUUUAUUGGUUACAAACGGUGUAUAUAGUGUUCUGUAAUAUCUCCACAGUUAAUUUAAAUGGCAAGACCUUAUUGCAACUGUUGCUUGGGAAUUUAUUUUUAAGCAGUACACUGCGCUAGUUUCAGGACUAUUUGGUGGCAGGCCAAACUAUUUGUUGUUAUUCAAGCCUUCCAAAAGUUCAUACUGGACAGAUCCAUGCGUGGCUGGCGCAAGCAUUUCUGCCCCCAUCUCUAAUGGCAGAAAGCCUUUACACAACUCUAAGCUUUUUUAGUAUUGGCCCACUUAAGGGCGUGGCAAUAAAAAAAAGAAAAAUAUAUUGGUACAAAAACUGAAGUGGUAGCCCAAUGAAAAUAUUUUCAGGUUGGGGCCCGUCCUAAAACAUACAUGAUUUGUUUGGAAUUUAGUUAACACCCCUGUAUUUCUCAUUCUCUGAUUCCGAUAAUAUGCAUAGAUGGUGCUGGAAGUGUAACUAGUGUGCGGUCUGUUGGCUGUAUGUGAUGGGUUUGUGUGCUCUGUGAUUUUUGCCACCUCCUGCUCAGCUUUUUGCAGGGAAGGGGCUCUAAUUCCUGGUGGUCCUGUAUCCCUGGUAGUUUAGUGGGGAUUAAACUCCUGUCAGUCUAGUUGGGAGCAUGUGUUCUGCACAUCUGAUGUUUGUAAUCGCUCUCUCGCAGUCCCAGCGCACAGUGAUUCAGAAAACAGUCUGGAAAUACUGAUAGCUGUGCACUGGCUCAUUAGCGGAGCACCGGGACCAUGAGUGGCAAUGAUUUACUGUGGUCUAGCCCCACUAGAGGUGCUGAUAACACUCUUUUCCCUGGCCUCAAUAGCAGACUUGCAGCUUCCCUGCAGCAGGGUUAAAGGAAGAAAAAAAGCGUGUCUGGAACUAAAUGUCCCAGCUGUCGGGUGACUGGUAUUCCACCUGCCUGUAGCAUGUGUUAGUACAUCAUAGCGCUCUAACUUUUUAUAGACAACAAGAGUUCAAAGAAUCACAAAAGGUAAUGCAAGGAUUAGGUGCUUAUAGGUGUCUUUCAAAUGGAGCAGGUUUGAAAGAGGCCUAUAAGUGGCAUUGGCCAACUAGAAACCUUCAACUGCUUUGCUAGCCUUUGAUAGUUGGCUACUACUGUGUUAAGUUGCGGUCUAGUGCAGGCAUAGGCAAUGUUUUGGACUACACCUCCCAUGAUGCUUUGCCAGCAUUACGGUGUCAAAGCAUUAUGGGGGAUGAGUCCAUAACAUCUGGGGUGCCGAAGGUUGCCUAUCCCUGGUCUAGUGGCUUUCUCUUUCAGACCCAUUAUGGUAGUUCCAAUGACAAUAAAAGCUCAAAAUGUAUUCUGAAAAUAUUAGACAUUUUGAUUAUUCUAGAGAUGCUAAAAACCUAGUUUUAUUUGUUUUGUUAAACAGGAGCUCUGUGCUGGAUGUCCAGCCCCUGAAGCAGUAUGGCAUCACAUCAGCAAUUAGUUGUGCUGGUCCCAAAGAAAUUGAUCAUAUCUACACACAGAAGUUGAUCGAAGCAAUGAGGCCUUUUGGUGUAUUCGAAGAUGGUGAAGAGCUCAGACACAGGUUGGUGGCUUUUCCUUGUACAUUUCCCAUUCUCAAAUUUGAUUGACUUCAUUUAAAAUUUAAGUUAGCUCAUCAUAAACACAAACAUUGUGAGUGAUGGCUGCUUCGGAUUAAAAGGGACUUGUCAUGCAGUCAACACUUAUGCUCAUUAGAUUGAGUAUAUGAUUCGAUCUAUAAUUGUGCUAGCAAGUGUAUCGAUAAGGACAAAACUUAUUUAUAGAUAGGUUUUUCUCCCAGCUUUCAGUCAACACCGACUAGUUGUUUGUUACUUUGAACUGCUGUGAGAAGUGACUGUCCACUGUUUAAAUAAACCUGGACUGCUCCACCUUGAAAUAGGUAGAUAGAUCCUGGAUUUUUGUCUUGCUUUAGUGAUCCUUUUCUGCUUACAAAUCUUAGUAUGCGUAAGUUGUGGGUUUUUUUGUUUUUUUUUCUAUAGAGAUUUGUGUGUGAUGCUUACUAGUUUUUGUUUUCUCCCUUAAAGGUUAUUUUGAUUUUAGACUUCAAUGCGUGUCAUUUGAAUUAUUUAUUUAGUGUUUGCAUUGAUUUGUGUCUUCCUCAAGCCUAAUUAUAGUAGUAAACAUUCAGUUCUGAAAUCUUCCCAUGUCCAUCUUCAUUAAGUUGAAAGAGGCUCUAUAUAGAGAUAUUGUACAACAUUGUAGUUUGUUUCUAUAUUCAAUAAAUCUAGCUCUAUAUCUUUACUUGGCAGCAAUUAUGUAUUUAAUUGUUCCUCUGAUCUGUGGUAAGACCUCACCAACCACAGAUGCAUUUAAUCUAUAUUAAUUAAAUAUCCCUAUCUCUGUCCAAACUCUAUGAAGACACCUAGAUCUGCUAAAGACUUUCUCAAAAAAGAAACUAACAUUUUGCUUUUUUGUUCUCCACCUCCCCCCAUUUAGGAUGGUUGUUUUGGGUAAAUUAAAUGAUCUGGUCAAAGAAUGGAUUGCUGAUCUUGGGGAAAGCAAGGUAAGGGACAACUUUAACUGUAAAAGCCUUGACGUGAUACUAGCCAUUCAUAUGUAAAAUGUGUAUUUCCCCAAAAUGUAGGAAAUGGACAAUAGCAAUGACUCUGAAGUCAGAUAUACAAACCGAUGAGAAAUUGCUAGUUAAAGGGACAUGCAUCACUUUGAGACAACUCUCAUUCAAAAGCUUUAGCUUUGAAUGAGACCAUUUCCUCACUUUGCAGGCUGUAAAAAAAGCAGGUACAUAUGAUUGAUUUUUAAAAAAUUUUUUUUUUUUCAUAUUUAACUGCUUCUUUCUUAUGCUUUUUACACCUACUCCAAGAAAGACACUGAUUUAACCAAUCAGUGUCCUAUCUCUGGGAAUGCUGGAAAAGUGCAUUGGAAAUGUUUGAGUCUCACACGUGCAGUUGAAAGAUCUAUUCACCUUGCAUAAUUCUGAUGGGAGGAGAAGAGGGAGUCUGAUCAGUGUAAUUAAUGCAGUGGAUUAUCUAGUAUAGUUUCUCACCCUCCUGGAUUAGUCAGGGAGAAUGUGGAACUUGUUGGUGCUACAAAAUUAUGCCCAGUUUCUGUCAUCAGUGGACUGGAAUAGUGGAUGGGGAGAGGCUGAUGAAACUCCCCUAGUUGAGUAGUAUGCCAAAGAGAGAAUGUUGAAACUCUGCUAGUUGUUAAGCAUGCCAAGUAAAGGAUGUUAAAACUCACCUCGCUCAGUUUAAUGCCAAAUAAUGGAAUCUGACUGUGUAUAGUAAAUUUAUAAACAUUUAUUACAUUGUUUUUAAAGUUUAUUUUUUUUCUCUUUAUAUUAAUUUGUAUAUUUGUUAAACCCAUUUCCGAUUUUGGACGUGCACGGUACGUCUGACAAAAAAGCUAGAUAAUGACCGCGGACGUACCCUGCGCGUCUGUGGCUAAAAUUACCCGGGUACUCACUUGGAUCGGCGAUCCGCAUGUUUUUAACCCCUUAAGGACCAAACUUAUAUAUAUAUAUAUAUAUAUAUAUAUAUAUAUAUAUAUAUAUAUAUAUAUAUAUAUAUAUAUAUAUAUAUAUAUAUAUAUAUAUAUAUAUGUAAAUAUGUAAAUUACAUUGUCCAGCUUCAAAAAUGUCCCAAAUAGGACCAGCUGUGAAAAUUCCAAGUUGGAAAACGGGAAUGUGCACCCUCCAAAUAAGGUCUUUUAGCCCCCAGAGAACCCGACACAUCUAUACAUGGGUGGUAUCACCGUACUCAGAUGUUGCUGAACACACAUUGGGAUGUUCUUUGGCAGUAACCCUUAAAGUUCUCCUUACAUGUAUUCUUAAAUUGCGGUGUGUGUCAAAAAAAAUUACCAAUUUUAUUUUUUAAAAUUUUUUGCAUAGAUUGCUGGUAAGAGUAAAAAUGCCCCAAGUUUUAAUACCUUGGGUUGUCGUCUUUUUAAAAAAAAAUAUACAUGUGAACGGUUAUUCAGGGAUUCAAUGUAACUUGCGUAAAAUUUUGGGGGGAAAUGGUUUGGAAAUGGCAAAGUGCUACUUGUACCUAUUGCCCUAUAACUUGCAAAAAAAAAAAAGCUAAGAACAUGUUAACAUUGGGUAUUUCUAAACUCAGGACAAAAUUUAGAAACUAUUUAGCAAGGGUGUUUUUUGGCAGUUGUAGAUGCGUAACAGAUAUUGGGGGUCAAAGUUAAGUUAAAUUCAUCGUAUUUUAUAAUAAAUAAAAAAAAUUAGUAAAAUAUAUGAUAAGAUGAAAAUAAUGGUAUCUUUAGAAAGAUGGUAAGAAGACAAUUACAGCUAAACACACAAUGCAGAAAUGUAAAACCAGCACUGGUCCCAAACGGUAAGAAAAUUGAAAAGCAGUCUGGUCAUUAAGGUGUUAAAAGUAAAAAUAACAACAAACCAAGGGUUUAAACAUUUAAUAAAUAGCCGCAACAGUCCUGCCAAGGUUCUCUUCUUGGCUAGAGUAAUGGUUAUUAUUCACAGUAGGUUGGUAGUUGUGCUUCAAGUAGUUAGAUAUGCAAAACAAAAACAGUCCAAUGGUGGAGUAUAUCUAGAUAUUAUGGACUGAAUUAAUGUGAAGAGCCACUUGCUUUUUAAUUGAGCUCCAAACCAGCUCUAUAGUGUUGAGUUUGAGCGGAACUAUCCCCAUCUUAGGGUAUAUGCACAUUUUCUUAUGACCGUAUAGAUCCUCAGUAAUACAGUCACAUUAUAUUGUUAGUACAUCAUGCACACUUGGAUAGUUAUGUAUAAAGUAAAGCACUAGCAUGUUUCAGAGCCCCAAGUGGCUCUAAUAGAAUAGCGUGAAGUGAUACAGUGCAGACUCUAGGAAAGCAUUCGGCCAAGUGUAGUCAACGGUAUUAUGUGAAACAAAAAUAGAAAUAUUGUGCUCUCUCGACAACCGUGCAGUAAGCAAAAUAAUACAACUUACAUAUUUCUAAAAAAAAUAGGGAUAUUUACUCUUAAAGUUCCUACAGUUUGUGUACAUAGCUAGAGUUUGCCUCAUAACCACUGAACUCACAACCGGAAGUAGCUUUGCGAUUCAAAACGUGGCUUUCUUGGCUGUGGAUUCGGACCUGUUAAGCAGUUGCCACGAUAAAUAUGUUCUAAGAUUUUUAUUUUUUUUUCCCCUGUAAGAAGAAAAUGAAUGGCAUAAAUAAAUAUAUUCUAAAAUAAAAAAAAUCCAAAAUAAUAGGGGUGAUAUGGUGUUUUAAAUGUUCCUCUAAGCACACUGCAUAGCACAAUGAACAUGUCUAAUAAACAUCCAUUUACUCUUAUUUUCGCAGAGUCUUCCUCCUAUUGUCAUAUCUGCUGUCGGUGGUAAAAUCUUUACCUUUGGUUCAUACCGGCUUGGGGUACAUACAAAAGGUUUGCAGUCUUCCUUUGUAAUGUGUGCUUUGUUCAUUGAAAUUGCAUACAUUGACUGUAUUUUUUUUUUCUCUAAAGGGGCUGAUAUUGAUGCCCUCUGUGUUGCUCCACGACAUGUUGACCGUGCAGAUUUUUUCCAAUCAUUUGUUGAGAAGUUGAAGCAUGUGGAUGGAGUAAAAAAUCUGAGGGUAAGUUUGUUUUCCGUUUUGGCUUUUUUAAAUUCCAAACAAAUCACACUAAGUGAAAAGGCGUGUUCGUGUUACUUUGUGGGAAUAUCACAAUUUGCUUAGUAGGAGGGAGCUUUAUACUUCACGCUCCUUCUCUCGUCUUUAUAAAUUAAAUAUGGGAAUCAAAUGAGAAUAACUCACUUGAAACAAAGCAAACCUCUUGUGCAGUUAAACAAGUUUGACAUUUCUAAAACUGUUACAAUUGUUCGCCUAAUAUAACGUUCUAUAAUUACCACCCCCUAUGUAGGUUUGUUGGUGCAAUUAGGGCUGUGGCGAUAUGGCCAGUUGCUCCCGGUGCGAGUCUCCACUCUUUAGUCACUAAGGGCCUUGCGUGGUCCAAUCUAAUACUCCUCAUAGAGAAGCUUCUGAUUGGACCGUUUCACAGGCCUCAGAGUGCAUUUGCAUGCUCGGAACUGGAGAGGUAGGGUAUUUUUAUAUAUUUUUUAAAAGCGGUCAUCAAAUGGGGGACUGCACUGACUGCAAGGGAGUAGCUAACGAUAUUUGUUGGUAAUGUACAGUGCGUGCUGACAGGUGUAAUAUAUAUAUUUUAAUUAAAAAUUUUUUUUUUUUAGCACAGGAUUGACAAUUGGAAGUCCGAAAUAUAACAUUCCGGGCUUCCAAAGUCACGUGUGCUGGUGGGGUGUUUAUAUUGGUUGUUGAUACAUACUGUUCUUUUUAAAUCAAAUGUAUGUGGAAAGCAUAGUUUGUGGGGGAUUUUUGUUUUAAACUUUUAUUUUUUUUUCUCUCUUCUUGUAGGCUGUGGAAGAUGCCUAUGUACCAGUUAUAAAGUUUGAGUACCUGAAUAUUGAGGUAUAGUUUAUAGCAUGAUUACUCAAAAUUCUGUGGUUGGUUGUUUUUUUUUAGUUGCUAUGGAAAUGUCACAAUUGUAUAUCUCUAAGGUUGUGCUUCUUUUCCCUCCCUUUAUUCAAGAUUGAUUUGGUUUUUGCACGACUGCCCUUGCAGUGUAUUCCAGAUAAUUUGGAUUUACGAGAUGAUUCACGUCUGAGAAAUUUGGACAUACGAUGUAUAAGAAGUUUAAAUGGUAUGUACAGUGAAUUGUGCAACAAUUGACUAUCUGCAGCCUAGUAUAUUGGAAGAGUUCAAAAUGAUUCAAUUUGUGUGGCAUGAAGAAGAAAUUCACCAUUCACUUGUUAAAUUAAAAAAAUUGAAACCCUGGCUUAAAAUACAUUAUUUCAGUCACCUGCCGUUACCUGCAGAUAUGUAGCAUCUAAGGGAAAUUCAGAGAUGAACAUGUUUAUAUAAACACUUCCAGUCCCCAUGGCGUUCCCUCCCUGAGCACUGCCAUGUAAGUGGUCUUUGGUUGGGAGAAGUAUUACCUUGAUUACUCAUAUAAUUGCAAUGUGAAUACCAUGCAAAGCAGUGAUCAUGUUAGGUAAGAGCUUUGCCUGUCCAAGGACAACAUAAAUGGUCGUGCUAAUGGAGAGAACAGAGUGUCGUUUCUUUAUUAUGCUUUCACUUGCCUUUUCAAUGCAUAAUUGAAGCAUGGAGUCAGCUACCACCUGUUGUCAGAGCAAGUACAAUAAUUUCUGCCUCACUAUGCAAAGUUUAUUCCACAUCUACCUCCAUUCACAUUUCUCAUCUUUUUAUUUCCUUAUUUUUUUAUUUUUUUUCCCCACAACAUUUCUGAUUCAGAAUAGUUUAGAGUUUGCAGGCUGUACAUUGCAUUUUUGUUUGAUGAAAUCUGUGUGGGGAGGCUUCUUGUGGUGUCUAUAAGGGAGACUUUCCCUACACCACCUCCUGCUUAUCUUUAAGGAAGGAGAAUUCUUUCCUCUGGUGAUCUGACAGGCUGUGAUGCUUCCUGGUAGUCCAGUGGAUGCAGCUUUUUGGUCUGCACGUUUGUUGGGUCAUUUUAGCUACCUGACCAUGCAUUAUCAAUGCAGAUGCCUCCAUCUAAUGGUUGUGCUGGCCCUACCAGAAGUGUACCUCUUAAUGUUUAAAAUCUGGGCUAUUUUCUGUCUAGUGUACAGUUUGUCAUUUUAAAUAGAUUAGUAAUUUACAUCCAUUUGAGAUGGAAUUAAUUUGUAUCAAAUCUUUCUUAUUUUGCUUGGAUUGUUAUGGAAUCCUUUAGUGUGUAGUUUAUGCAUGUGUUACUGAAAGAUAAUUUUUUUUUCUAAUAGGUUGCAGGGUCACAGAUGAAAUUCUCCAUUUAGUACCAAAUAAAGAGAACUUCAGACUAACCCUAAGAGCAGUCAAACUGUGGGCAAAAAGUAAGUGUGGAUAUAUCUGCCUGUUCACAUUUUUCUCCCUUAAACGUGCGCGAUAAAGCCUGCCUCAUUUAUCCUUUAUCACGCUUUUACAGGGCGUGGUAUCUACUCUAAUAUGUUGGGGUUUCUUGGAGGAGUUUCCUGGGCCAUGUUGGUUGCUCGGACAUGUCAGCUGUACCCAAAUGCAGUGGCAGCAACUCUUGUACACAAGUUCUUCCUUGUUUUUUCAAAGUGGUAAGUGGAAAUGCAGGUUUCCAUUUACACAAAUGUUUUAUUGUGAGCAUACAUUUUCUGGUUUGAUUCAUUCAUAGAUUCUAUUAUUUUUUUAUUUUAAUUUCUCUUUUAGGGAAUGGCCAAAACCUGUUUUAUUAAAACAGCCAGAAGAUAGUAAUCUGAAUUUACCAGUUUGGGACCCAAGAGUAUGUGACAAAUGAUACAUUAAAAAAAAAAAAUAUAUAUAUAUAUAUAUAUAUAUAUAUAUAUAUAUAUAAUUUAUUUGGUAAUUUUAUUUUGUAUUUUUUAAUUGUUUGAAUCAUAAAUUUAUUUUUCUUCUACUUUCAGGUCAACCCAGCUGACCGUUAUCACUUAAUGCCUAUAAUAACCCCAGCGUAUCCUCAGCAAAACUCUACAUACAAUGCAUCCAUCUCAACACGCACCGUUAUGAUGGAGGAAUUUAAACAAGGUAAGUCAAACAUUCCUUUGGAAAGCAGAUUUUGAAGAAGAGACUUAAGUACUUAAGUUUGUUUUUGUUUGUUUUUUUAAAUAACUUUUUAUUUUACAUUUACUGGGUUCUUCACUAAACUGAGAAUUCAGGGUGAAUUUAAAUUUUAAGGUUAAAAUAGCCGAGCUGUAAAAAUUCUCUAAGUCUCUAGACUUUAAAUUUGAAAUCAUCUUGAAUUGUUACUUAAGUGAAUAACCAUGGUAAUUGACAGAUACCAAAUGCAAUUUGUAAAGAGCAUGAAUCAAAAUUAAAAGCCUGAUGUUUAAAGCAGUAUUAUAUCAAGGCUCAAAAUUUACAUUGGAAAUUUAGCCCACCCUAGUAUUACCCUUGUUGUCAUGUGAUGGGUAAUGUUGAGCCUUUAUAGUUUUAGAAAUGAUAUAAUCUAUAAAUAAAGCAUCCUUUUCAAAGCCACAAACCAGUGUGUGAAUGAGAAUCUUGCUGCUAAUCCCUGUUUUUUUUUUGUUUGUUUUUUUUAUAUAUAAAGGGUUCUUCCAAUUGCGUAGCUAAUUAUAUACCUGGGUUAAUAUUCGACUGGCACUUGCAAAUCCCUCCCCACUCUCACACACUUUUAUUCAACAGCUAGGUCACGUGUGCAGGAGGUGUGUUUUCACUCCAACACAAACCUGGAGGAAGCCCACAUUAUUUGUAGUAUACCUUUACCCAUGAGAUUUUUUUGUCAUUACUCUCAGAGAAAAUCGUAUGCAUGGGUAAGACUGUUUUAUUACCUAUAGAGAUGAGUGAAGUGCUUGUACAUAUGCUGGACCCAACUUUUAUCCAUUAGCAUCUUACUAAGUAGAAGGGGACCACUGCCUCCUACAUUUACUCUGUAUUGCAGACACUUGGUUAAUCAGGAUUUUUGUGCAUUUUUAUUGGGGGGAGGGAGUUGCCUUCUUGGCUUUAUCAAUGGCCUCAUAAUGGGUCAGGUAUUGAUAUGUUAAAAAUUUUUUUUAUCACUUUAACCGUUUAAUGUGCAAAUGCAUUAUGGCUUGUUAGUGUUUAGAAGAGUGUAUCUUCAGAGGAUGAAUGACAUGAAAAAUGUAUUUUAAUGUUUUGCUUUCUUUCAUAUUUACUUUAAAGGUCUUUUAGUUACUGAUGAAAUUCUGCGUGGAAAGGCAGACUGGUCAAAGCUGUUUGAACCCCCAAACUUUUUCCAGAAGUACAAGUACGAAAUUCUCAUCAUUUAAAAAAACAUUUUUGUUUUUUAUACUGUGAAUAGUUCGGUUUGGAAUCAAAAGUGAAUGUUAAAUGUUUAUUGCAAAAUUGAGGAAAGAAAUCUCCAAAGUCAACUAUGGUUCUAGUUUAGCUAUUUUGGCCUAAAACUGACGCAUGCAGACGAACAUGUUGAAGAGGUGUCUGAUAGUUGUGUAGACAAUUGAUCCAUAAUGUUUUCCCCUCAAUCUGUUUUCUUUCUUUUCUUAUAUGUUCUGCAUCAGUUGACUUAAAGGGGGAACUGUCCCUUCUCUGAAGUUUACACAUGUUAAAGGACCACUCUAGGCACCCAGACCACUUCAGCUUAAUGAAGUGGUCUGGGUGCCAGGUCCCUCUAGGAUUAACCCAUUUUUUUAAUAAACAUAGCAGUUUCAGAGAAACUGCUAUGUUUAUAAUAGGGUUAAUCCAGCCUCUAAAGCCUCUAGUGGCUGUCUCAUUGACAGCCGCUAGAGGCAUUUGCGUGCUUCUCACUGUGAAAAUCAGUGAGAAGACGCCAGUGUCCAUAGGAAAGCAUUAUGAAUGCUUUCCUAUGAGACUGGCUGAAUGUGCGUGCAGCUCCUGCAACGCAUGCGCAUUCAGCCGAAGAGGCGGAGAGGAGAGCUCCCCGCCCGGCGCUGGAAAAAAGGUAACCCCUUUCCUCUCCCCAGAGCCCAGCGGGAGGGGGACCCUGAGGGUGGGGGCACCCUCAGGGCACUAUAGUGCCAGGAAAACAAGUGUUUUCCUGGCACUAUAGUGGUCCUUUAGCAAAAGAUCACCUAUAGCUUGUGUUAACUUCCCCUCAUAUGCUCGGUUUUCCAUUAGUUAAUUAAAUGUUUAACAAAUGGCGACAUAAUCCAGUUUAGAUGCAGCAGUCACCAACAUUCUUGCAAAUGAAGAGGGGAAAAUAGAAAUUAUAUUCUAUAUGCUUAUUGCCAGGUGUAAAGGAUAGAGCUUAUAACCACGAUUGACAAGGCGCUAAGAUUGAGGCACCCAGUUACAAGAUAAAGUGUAGAUUUCUGCAUUACAUUUUUUUCACUACUCACAAAGCAUAUUUGGUAUAUAUAGUGAUAUGUAAACAUUAAAGGGACACUAACUUCAGCUUAAUCAGCUUAAAUAUGCCUCCAUCCACUCAUCUGCUGUGCACAAGCAUCCUGUGAUUCACUAUCUCCUCCUACUGCAUGCAGACACUGAACUUUCCUCAGAGAUUCAUUGAUUUAAUUCAUCUCUAUGAGUAGAUGCUGAUUGGCCAGGGCUGUGUUUGAAUCAUGCUGGCUCUGCCCCUGAUCUGCCUCGUCAGUCUCAGCCAAUCCUACGGGGAAGCACUGUGAUUGGAUCAGGCUAUCACAUGUCAGCAGACUGCUUGUUUUUCCUGAGUCUAACGGCAUGCAUAUUUACAGCUUCAGGCUUGAGUACAGUAAGAUUUUUACUAUAUUUGGAGGCAUGAGGGGCCCAGGGGGGCUAGAUGGUUGUGUUAACUCUAUAGGGUCAGGAAUACAUGUAGUUGCACUGGUGACUAGUGUCCCUUUAAUAUAAAAAAACGUUCCUUUUUAAGGAAUUCAUUUAUCAACCUAUCAAUCUAUGUAAUUUCUAUUCAGUUUUUACAAUCAUAUUUUUUUUGUAUUAAAAAAUCCAACUAAAUCACACUGAAAAUUCUAUUUUAAAAAUGUGCUCUAAACAGUCUCUGCAAUUUUUCUUAAUUUUCUUUUUUCCUCUCUCCUGUUUUCUAGACAUUAUAUUGUCUUAACUGCUAGUGCAUCCACUGAAGAACAUCAUCUUGAAUGGUAAGUUUGUCUAUGAAUUUUUAAAAAGUUAUUUUCUUAUCUAAUUUUUGUAGUGAAUUUACAUGACCUCAAUUUAUAGGAUAAAUGGGUGACUUUUUUUUAUUUGUGUAUUCUUCCAUAAAUGUGAUCAUAAACACACAUUAAGAUAAUGCUUUUGAAAACACAUAAAAUGCAACUUCACUUAAAAACAUUGAAAAGCGCCUCAUUGCUAUGUUGCACAUGAUUUUUUUCCUUAUACGGAUGUUAGGAAUACGAAUGUGUAUUUCUGCAGUUAUAGUACAACUUUCCCUAUUGAUUGGCAGGUGCCCCACCCAUGUGCGUUGCAAAAUAAUUUUACUCACCCUUUCCUUCUUUUGUAAUGUCCUCCUGCAGUUGUGCCUCCAGGAUGAAGGUCCAAUCCAAUUCUUAUCGUAGAGUAGCACUGGGGACCCUAGGCGCAUGUUUGACGCAAUCUGAAAAUGAUUCUCUUGUCAUAGCGAAUCUUUAAAUGUAAUCAUUCUCUAGAACAAACCGCACUGUAUGUCACAGUAUUCCUGGGUAUGACCACUGGGAAGUAAGUCCCCUCUCUUCUAUCCAUGGGACUUGGAGGUAUGGCUUGAAUCUGCACUGCCAAGCAUUCAAAUUAUGAAAAUAUAGGAAUUUGAAGGCUAAAAAUGCAGAACAUCUUUCAGCACUAAAACAACUUGUUACAAGACGUUGUUGUAGUGAGUUCAAUGUCUAUUUAAAUUAGAUCAAGGAUUUGGGUGAGAAAUCAACCUGUUCUAAUAUGCCACAAUUAGCAUAUUCUAGUUUUGUUUUGUUUUUGGUGGGGGUCAUGCAAGGGGCACUCUAAGCUCCAGAAACACUGCACAGCUCAUUGUAGUUGUUAUGGUACUAGGAGUCCUGAGGCUAUCAGAGAAUGUUUUGUAUUUUAAAACUUAAAGGGCCAAGGCUGGACACACUGAACAAACUUGACUCUGUGUUUCUAUUUUGUUUAGGGUUGGUUUGGUGGAAUCAAAAAUCCGUGUGCUGGUUGGGAACUUGGAAAGAAAUGAGUAUAUUACUCUUGCACAUGUAAACCCACAAUCCUUUCCAGCAAAUAAAGAGUAAGUACAACCUGUGCAUUAAAUCAAAUUUAGGUUUUGUUUUUUGGUUUUGGAAAUACCUAUAAUGCCUAGGAUUGUCAUCAUCUCCUCUAAAUAGAAGUAACUCCGAACAUCCGUUCUACAGCUUGGGAUAUCUUGGCAGUUUUCUUACAAGAAAUAUUUAUCAGUACAUUAAACUGACUUUUAAUGAAUAGUUUGUUUUGUUUAUUUACAAUCUGUACUUUUAAAUUAAAACAGGACAAUACGAGCAAUAUCAAAGGCAAAAAGUUAACAGGUUAGACAUUACCAGCAUAUUCCAAUGCAAUAUAGUAAAAAAGGUCAGAGGUGUAACACACAGCAAAUACUCCAGAAUCAUUAGCAAGUCGUUGAGUACACAUGUAGGUUGUUACCUGAUUGCUCAUCCCAUGUUUCAUUCCUUUUACAUUGUCUUUUGUCUGAUACUUCAGUUAGCGCAUCACAAAGUCUCCCUAAACUUAGGAAGUAGUUUUGAAGGGUCAAGCUGAUUUGAAAAAUGCUUCUCAUUUGUUUAAAAUGUUGCAAAGAUUUGGAGAAGUGCAUAUUUCCAUGUGAUCUAUUAACAUUUUUUUCUAUUUCAGCAAUGAAUAUAUAUCCUUGUGGUUCCUUGGGAUUAUUUUUAAAAAGGUGGAGAACGCUGAAAGUGUUAAUAUAGAUUUAACACAUGAUAUUCAGUUGUUUACUGACACAGGUAAGAUCUCUUUUCCCGCUAUACAUGUAUACAUGUACACAUAUACAGGUAUUUUUAAUUGGAUUUUGUUACAGUAGCAAAGCGCUAAACCAUAAAUCUGGUAUGAUUUUGUUCCAGGGCUCAUAUAUUAGCAGGUGUAGCCAUCCAAUCAUGCUCAUAGUUUGAAGUAUAUAUCUAUACAAAAGAUACAUAUGAAAAGUAAUUUGAGUUCAGAAUUUACUGCAGUCAUAAUUUAGCUUUUUUUUUUUUAUUAUAGGAGUAAUCCAGAACAAGCGUAACUAGGUUAUCUUAAGCUUUUAUAAUUUUACUGGUCAAGCAACUGUAAAUGCCUUCGUCCCUUGCUUGCUGGACUUUAACUUGCCCGAACAUCCACACCACUAAAUCGCCCACCUUUAAUGUCUUACCUGUCUUCCAUACCCACCUCCAAAUUUAUUCCAUACAUGGGAAUAACGCCCACCAGAUUGUUUUAGGACAUUGUCCUAAAUGGUUGCACAAGAAAAUAUACCAACGUGAGUACACAUGUUAGUAUUCAACAUUUUUAUAGAGUUUAUUUGCUUUAAACUUUUUCAUUUUUUGGAAUUUUCCAAAGCCCGUUUCCCUGGUUGUCUAGCAAUUGAACUAGGCGUGUUGUAUUAAUUUACCAUUAUACUAACCUGUGUAUCUUCUCCCUUGCAUUUUGAUGCAAGCACCGCUCUACAGGACAGAGCAUUGUCACAUACUCUGUGUUAUUUUAACUGAUUAUACUGAACCAUGGAGAUUUAUUGAAUAGCACGUCUGUUCUCAAGGGCAGAGACCAUUUUGGAGGUCUAAAUAUUGUCAUGGUCUAGCAAAUGUUUCUAUUACAGUAUAUAGGCAGGCAAAUAAUAUAAACAUGCUGAAGAAGGGAAUGAAGAUCGAAGCAACCCAUGUUAAGAAGAAGCAGCUCCACUAUUACCUACCUGCAGAAAUGCUCCAAAAGAGAAAAAAGGUACUUAAUCAUUGCCACAAACGGGCCAGGUUUUCUGGACAUAGCUUGAGUACAAGUGACUUUGAUUAACCUGUGCUCUCUUCAGAAAAUUCACAAAACCUCGCCCGUUGGACAAAUAAGAAUAAAUUUGACUAGUUUGUAUUUACCAACUUGAAAUCUCUCUUGUAGCAAAGUAUUCCAGAUAUCAGCAGGUCGACUUCUGGAUUAUUGUCUAAAAGGUCAUCUUUGGAUGGAAAUUACUUGGACAGUUCUAGAGACACUGACACUGGGACACCUUGUGAUUCACCUUCCUCGUGUAACAAUGUUUCCAAAUCUUCUAGUCCCCCUCUACCAGAAGCACGGAGGUAGAUAUUAAGCAAAUAUCCAUGUUUGUAAAGUUUCUCUCAUUCUGUGUAAAUGACUUUAUGCUUUUAUAUUUGGUGUCUUUCAUCCAUGCUAACUCAUAAUAUUUUACUUUAGGAGAGCUAUGGCAGAGAACAUAUCUUCAGGUCUGUUCCAUAGUAACCAUAAGCCAGCAGACAUGCCUUCACAGAUUGCUCAAGGAUUGUCAAUUCCUGUUAUUGGAUUAAGUAAGUGUUUGUUAUGAGUACAAUGGAAUGUUCGAUUUUCAAACUUAUGUUCAGUGUUUUUUUUUUUUUUUUAAACAAACUUUAAAUAUUUUCUUCCUUUAUUGUUCAGUGUCUGAUUCUGCUGCAACAAAGAAUCAUGAGGUCCCAUCUGGUUGCACCAUUCCAACAGUAGUAGGGUUAAAUGUUGUUCCACGUCUUCCAUCUCCUCCCAGACAUUCUCAGGAUCAGCCUCUCCAGAAUGGAUCAACAAGCCUUAGCCCAAAAAGUGCUGCUGCCAAAAGGGCUCAUCCUCCUACUUUGGAAGAGUCUCCCAAAAGGGUAAAAGACACUGAAAAGGUGUGUGUAUGCUUAGUCUUAAGAAUCGUGAGUGGUAUUGUAUAAAAGGUGAAGAGUGUAAAUAGUUCUGAAGGCUUUUUCACUGCUCUCUUGCCUGACAGUUGCUACACAUAGUUUACAAGAAUACUAUAUGGUUAAUGAAGAGGUGUGGACUGUUCUAUGCCCCCUCCCUCCGAUCUUCAGGUUUUGCUGACGCAUGGUCUUCCAGGCCUGCUACCAGGCGUGAAUGCUGCAUGUUGCUGUGUGAGCUGCUGGGUGAUUAUGGCAGUAUCAUGUUGAGUCUGACGAGUCGUCAUAGCUUCUUUCUCCACUGAUUUUACGCGGCCGGUGAGGGUAUGCAUAUCCUCCUUUAUCUUUGCACAGUCAGCUUGGAACAUUGUAUGGAGCUCAUUCAGGAGGUGUUCUAGGUGACCCUUGGUUGUUGGGGCACGGUCUUCAUCUACCUUAGGAGCUCUGUUAUCCGUCCUAGCAGACGUGGCCCUUCAAAUUUAAGGCAGUUUAUUUGAACCAGGAACUACACAGCAACAUUUCAGCCCUAGCCCUUGAGAAAAGCCCUGCUAGGGCUGAAACAUUGCGGUGUAGUUCCUGGUUCAAAUAAACUGCCUUAAAUUUGGAACCUGUUGGACUACUUGUUUUCCUUGUCAGAAUUUCCUUUGCACAGAUCUGGAAGAUGAUGGCAAUUGGUGUAUUCUCACUUUGGCUGCACACUGUGUAUAUUAAGGUUUUGGAAUUCUAAUAAAGGACAAUAUUACAAAUUUGUCAUCACAAAUUGGUUAAAGACCACUAUAGGCACCCAGACCACUUCAGCUCAAUGAGCCCUUCAGCCCUGGUUUUAACCCUGCAGCUGUAAACAUAGCAGUUUCAGAGAAACUGCUAUGCUUACGCUGAGGGUUUAUCCAGAAUCGGGUGCCUGUCUCACCAACAGCUGCUAGAGGUGCUUCAACAUUUCUCACUGUGAAAAUUACACUGAGAUGACACUGGCGUCCAUAGGAAAACAUUGAGUAAUGCUUGCCUAUGGGGUGGUUGGAAUGCGUGCGGAUUAAGGUAAGUGGCUGAAGGGGUGCCAUGAGGGGGGUGGGGGGGGACACCUAAUAACCCUAUAGUACCAGGAAAACUAGUUUGUUUUCCUGGCACUAUAGUGUUCCUUAAAAGUAAUUUACCUUGUUGCCUGUAAAAGUGUGUCUGCCUAUCUUUGUACACCUUGAUAUUGUCAUUUUAGUUGUAUGUUUGUAUUCUUCCUCUUGUGAAUUUUCCUUCAGCCUUCCAACGUGCCGGUGUUCAAAGGUGUGUUAAAAGAUUCAGAGAAAUUGAUUUCAUUGUAAUUGACAGCCUAACAACGUACAUUUUAAGUUUGUGACCUAAAUAAUGUACUAGGAAAGCAUAGUGGUCAGACCUCUUCACAACACAAACAUUUUAAGGUGAUUUUCUUGCAUCUAGCUUAAAUAGGAGAAAACAAAAAAUGGAACCAUACUUAACUAACGUAAAGCUGUCAGUUUUAUUAUGGAAGAGCAGGCUACAGAAACCUGUUCUCUGAAUUAGAAAAGUCAACAAAAACUGUAUUUUCCAUAAUACACAAAUAGUGAUGUUCCGAACGGUUUGCUGCGGACGGCGAACAUAUGCGCUGUUCGGUCCGCCCCCUAUGUCAUCAUUGAGUAAACUAUGACCCUGUACCUCACAGUCAGCAGACAUAUUCCAGCCAAUCAGCAUCAGACCCUCCCACCUCCUGGACCGCAUCCAUUUUACAUUCAUUGUGAAGCUGCAUUCUUAGUGAGCUGUCUGGGAGGGAGGAUCUGCUGCUGAUUGGCUGGAAUGUGUCUGCUGACUGUGAGGUACAGGGUCAAAGUUUACUCAAUGAUGACAUAGGGGGCGGACCGAACAGUGCAUAUGUUCGCCGUUCGGGACUUCACUAUACACAAAUUAUUUAGGGGAGACGGGGUCUAUGUGUCUGCUUGCGUCAUUUUGAUUUUUUGCAUAAUGUAUUUUUUUUUUUUUUUCAGCUAAAUAUUUUUGGUUUGAUUAUUUAUUAAGUUAAUUUAAAAUGUAUUUCAUUUCCAUUCCUCUUUUGCAGGAGAGAGCUAUUGCAGAACCUAUGCCUAUCCCUACAAUAGACCGUGCUAGAUCACAGGUACUAUCUAUGAAUUCUUUUUAUUCACAUUGGUGAAUUUCCCUCCUCAAUCAACACAAGGUAACUUACGGGUGCACCUUACCUUCCUAAGAACUGUUAAAAAGCCACUGUCUACUCAUUAUUUCUGGGUAUCAAGGCAAAACCAUGGCAUAAUUGUAGUUUUGUUUUUUAAUUUUUUAUCAUGUUAAACUUACAAAAAAAUAUUUGCAAGAUUAUUUUAUUCAAUUUGUAGUUGAAGUAUUACUUUUUAUACAGUUCAUAACCAUAUUUAUGAAGCUACAAGUGUGAGCAGCAAAAAGGUGGUGUCUUCAUUCUAAAAUAUUCUAUUUUUGUUUGCCUUCAUACUCUGAAAGUUUUAAGUGAUAUUAUUUUUUUGCAACUAGACCUUUUAAUCCUAAUUUCUAUUAUAGCGUCUACCCAGUAAAGAGCUGCCAGAUGCUUCUUCUCCAGUGCCAACAAAUAAUAUCCGUGUCAUUAAAAACUCUAUCAGGCUAACUCUAAACCGGUAACCACAGCGCUACUUCAGGUAUAAAAUGUCAGGCAAUAAUAAUUCUGCUCACUGUUUGUUUUAGACUGCAUGUGUUGCUAGAUUUCAACAUGUCUACAUUUCAAACUUGGUGCUGUAUCAGUCUUACCGCUGAUAAUAUCAAUUUCCUAGAGUAUACUCGGAUGAUCUAGGAAACAUCCAGCCUUUUUUUUUUUUCUACUUUCUACUUUUGUGUGACUUUAUUUGUAAAAUCUAAAAAUUUAAAAAACAAAAAAACAAACAAAACCUCUUUAUAUGGACUUGUGUAAUGCUAUGAAAUGUUCAUUCAUUGUAUUUGAAAUUUGUUUAAAAUUGCAAAAAAAAAAUCAGUAUUUGUGUGUCUUGGUUUUGAAAGUUGUUGUUUGUGUUAUUGUAUAUUGUAAAAAAAAAAAAAAAUUUCCCCUCUUCUCCUUGUAUCUUAAUGGUAAAGACCAGUGAUGGCUAAAACUUAGCAUGCCUGCUUUGUAUAUCCAGGUUCUCACGAGUCUCACAGCCACAGGGCUUACUGAGCAUAGUGGGUAAAUGCAGUGCCACAAAAUGCCCAUGCCAAAAGUUAGCCCUUGAUUCAAACACGUUGCUUUAACCUGCCAGCCCUUUCUCAGAGUAGAUUACCGGACUACAGGUUGGCUUGUCUGUCCUUGGCAUGUUUAAUGUUGCACACAAUUCUGCUAUGAACUCGAUGCAACAGUUUUCCUUAAGACCAAGAAAACGUUUAAUUAGAUGUCUCCUGUGGAGGCUCACAAGAAAAUACAUUAGUAUUACCACAGAGACCCCAAUGAUCACCCAUCCCUUUAUGAAGUCAUUUAUGUUAAUGUGCUUCUUUAAAUUUAACAUCCCAGUUCGGUGAAAGCCAACUGAUUUUUCAACUGCCCUUCCACCCCCUCCCGUCUUUUUAAUAUUUGCAAAACUGGAAAAGCAUCACUGAAAAAAGAUUGGUGUCUACAAAGAAGCUAUCUGCACCAAGAAGGUAUACAGAAGCAAUCUGAUGUCGUUUUUUUUUUUUUUUUUUUUUCCCCUUUCUGUUUUCAAUGGCAAAGCCUCUUCUGAAGCAUCCGGACAUUAAGGGAAAGUUUUUUGUUUUGUUUUUUUUUGCCUAUAUCCUCUUAUGUUUGUAUACCCUUGGUGCCCAGCCUCUAUUUGUAGUUAAACUUCCAUCAACAUCAGACAACCAUUACAGGAUAAGAAUUGAGCGUUCAUAUGAGCUGAAGCCAAAGGCUUUGACAAUCUGUGCUGCAUACUAUACAAAUUUGCCUCAGGAAUUUACUAACCUCUGCUUAUAAUUAGUAGUAUGUUAAUUAGUGCUUCAGUUCUGUUCAGGUUUUACAUUGCAUGCAGAACCUUUGUAUAUAUCUCAGCUGUUGUACUAUUCAAUGCAGUGUUUUGUAAAAUGAAUCGUAUGUAUGCUAUUUUUGUAUCAUGUAUAAAUUACCACCUUUUUCAAAAAAAGUAAUAAACCAAUCCUUUUUUUAA